UCCAAACAGCAAACACCGACAGAAUCCUGACUCCAUUCCGUUUCUUCCGCCCUAAGCUCGAGCUUCGCGCCCUGCGAAUAUCAUCGCCCUCGACCCUUACCGUCCCAAGAACCCAGCUUUCUCCAGUCUCUAUUCAAAAACUCUAGUUUCCCCAAAAAAUAUCUAAUGGGGGAUCGGUGGAAAUCCCUCUACUUCACCCGUAAGAGGAGGCGCCAAAGGGAGAAUGACCCCCAGAAGCCGGCGGUGGUUAUAGUUGACUCUGCUAAGAAGGCAUGCAUAAAAAAGUGCACAACUGAAAAUAGAACCGAUAUGGCUGAUGCUCAUGGAGGUUGUACUAUAGCAUCCGUACCCGUACAGUUCAAUUCCAAGGACGAAGGUACAAGUUGUAAUGUGACGACGUCUAAGAAAAGUGAUGUAUUGAAAGCUUGCUUACGAGCUUUUGAGGAAAAGAAGGAUGAACUGUGUCGGCAACAACACUUGCUUGAAGAUGAGAUUGCUCGCUGUGAAAUGAACAUACAGACCAUUUUGAGUGGUGAAGAGAACUGGAUGCAGAAAGUUGAGACAAUAAUUGAAGCACUCAACAGUUCAUUUUCUAGUGGAGUGCAAGGGCCAUCUUCAACACAUCCAUUCCAGGUGCAGCAGUGAUGGUGAUUUUCAAUAACAACACCAUUGAAGUUCAGAAGACCACGAAAUCUCAUGCUCAACUAUGGCAUGCAAUCGAACAUGUAACAUCUCAUGUUUUAAUUUCAAUAAAUUUAUUCUGAAUUAUGCGAAAUCUGAGUUGAGAGACAAUGGAAGCUUGCAAGUGUACUAAAGCAUUCUGAACAUCUUGGCUAUUACAGACAAUGGAAUCUUGAGGUUAAUACA